AUGGCAGAUGGAGAGUGGGAUGGCGAUUUUGAUCCACUUGCUGAUCCAGACGAGCAAAAACAUCUCUUGUCUGUACUAGACUCUUUCCGGUCAUACCGGCGUCUCGCUCACUUUAAUGCAACCCACGUCCGCCGUCAAGCCUUCUAUUCCCUCCCGUCAGAGCACUGGGGUCUCCUAUCUAGGCCUCCUUUCUCCAUCCUGGACUCCCUGUCACAGCUCGACGAUCUUAUCGACUCCAAUGCGGAGCUCGCAGAAGCCAUCUUCAAAGUCGGAUUCAAGGCCUUCAUAGCGCCGGCGCUCGAUAGCGAGUGGGUUGCCAAAAUUGUCGACCAAAAAAGCGUCCAUGAUGAGUUUUUAGUCUACUCCACCGUUAUGGAUCACUUGACGUUUCGGACCACGCAAGAGAGCUUUCAAAAUGAUGUCGACAAAGCGAGGAGCACCGUUCAUCAAUUCUAUCGGGACUGGAGUGUGGCAGGGGCGGCUGAGCGGGCCAAGUGCUUCGAUCCGGUUGUGAACGCUCUUGAAGAAGAAUUUGCGCAACGGCUCAAAGAGAGCCCAGGGCUCGACAAAGCCGAAUUUAAAGUGUUGUUACCCGGUACCGGUCUCGGACGCCUCCUCCUCGACAUCUGCCGUGCCGGCUUCUCUGUCGAAGGAAACGAACUGUCAUAUCACGCCCUCAUCGCCAGCUCCCUGGUCUUGAAUCACACUAAAACUAUCGGGGAAUACAAAAUUGCUCCCUUCGCUCUGCAAUGUUCCAAUCAUCUCAGUCGUGGCGACCAAUUCCGCACGUUCCAGGUCCCAGAUAUCCACCCGGGAGUAGAGCUCGAGAAGGCCUCAGAAGGUAGGAAAGUUCCUGCAAGUGAGCGGAUGAGUAUGGCAGCGGGCGAUUUCUGCGUUUUAUACAGUAUACCGAGUGCCAGAGACACCGUUGAUGCGGUAGCUACUGUUUUCUUCAUCGAUACCGCGCCGAACAUCAUUCGAUACAUUGAAGCUGUAAAAAAUUGUUUAAAGGUCGGAGGGAUCUGGAUUAACUUAGGCCCGCUUCUCUGGCAUCAUGCAUCGAGACUACAAUGCUCUGGGGAGGAACAUGAAGAGAAGUCGAAGUCGGCAAACAAGCAUUUAGGUGCUGGGAUUGCCGAUCCUGGAUCAGUUGAACUAACAGAUGAAGAGGUUGUCCAACUGGUUGAGCAUUUUGGUUUCACCAUAGAGAAACAUGAGACGGGCCGAAUUGAGACUGGAUAUAUCUCGAAUCCUGAGAGCAUGUUGCAGAAUAUCUACCGACCAUCUUUCUGGAUAGCAAGGAAGAACGACAUUGCAAUCAGCAUUUGAAAUGGGAAUUGAUUGCACAUCUGUGCUAGCUGUGCUCCAGGACCCGGAGCCCGAAAGUGCUCUGCACAAGCUGAGCGAACCAUAUCCCAGCCAAUCGGAUACGAGUGUUUUCGAUAACGACCAGCAUAUGCCAAGGCUAGCCACCAAUAGAAGUUUUCCGAAUCCAUCAACAUGAUCAGCGACCCAAGAAGCAUCGAUGUAUAAGGCUCUUUUCGUUUACAACGGGCAGGCAGAGCGAACACGAGGGAUGCAACUCGACGCAUGUCCGUAUUAGGGUCCACCCUUUCCGAGGCUGCCAUCCACGUUCAACUGCAUGAUUUUCUUUAAACAGUUUCUGGGGAAUUGUUCGCAGGUAUCAGCUCUGAUAAAAGUCAAACUAUAUAUUUGAGGCAUGGCUGCAAAUGAACCACAUAGCUAUCAAGGCUACCUC